AUGGCAUCUACGCAGCAGAGACGAGGGGAUGGAGAUUUCCAACACACACACUUGCAGCCAUCGCCGGAGUUUGUCUUGCACGAUAAUGACCGAAUCGACACUGACAAUGGCAAUGGCAAUGACAAUGACAACCACACGAUCACAAUCAUUGACAAUGGCAUUAUGGACUCGACAACGAUCAAUUUGAAUUAUUCUCCGCGGUUAUCGCGCUCACCGCACCCAUAUUAUCGCAUCGGUUCGAAAAUAACGCCCCGGGAAAGAGAUGAUUCCCUGGCAAGAAGCGAUUAUCAUCAAGCAAGCGACUCCGGUAGUACAAACGGCAAUACAAAAGUCGGCCAGAGGAAGAAACAACGAAAUAGUAACCGAAAUGGCAAUGGAUGGUCGAAGACUUCUCCUCGGGCGUCGAGUGAAAGCGGCACGGAAGCAGAUGACGAAAGCACCGGCCUUUUGAAAGGCUUACCCGCACCCCCCGCGAGGUCAUCGCGGAAAGGUUUACGAACCACAGCCGGUCGCGAUGAUCCUUUGCUCUGGCUGCAGGAUGAUACACCUCAGACAUGGUCGUUGUUUGUACGGUCGCCGAUAAGACAACCGAAACGGAGUUCCAGCGAGGAGUCGAUACGCAGUUCGGCUACGUAUGCUACAGUCCGUGGAGUCGUUGCGCGCCGGAGGAGAAACGAGAUUAUGCGCAGAGUGACGGAGACUACUUUGUUGCUAUCUGUUGGCGUUGUAGUACUACUUCGAGAGGAUGCGCGUUCAUAUGCGUGCUCGUGGCAUAAAGAAAUCCGAUCCUUCCUCUCGCUCAUAACUGCUCUCUACGCUCUAUACCCGCUUCGCUUAUCGGCUGGACGUGGUAAGCCGCGCCUGACGUUCGCUUUUACGAUACCCAAUAGUUUCGAUCCGGCACCAUUAUUAUAUCCUGUUCUCGUACCUGUUUUUGUGGCCUUAUCAACUAUGCAUUAUCGUCCAGCGUUGAUUUUGCCAAACAUUGUCCUUAGUCUUUCUUCGUUACCCCCUCAAGUCGUUCCAUUACACAUUUUGCAGCAUGGCCAGGUCAGUGUAACUCAUUGGGCUAUUUCCGUCAUCCCGAUAAUUCUUUCCGAGCACGAUAUCUCAUAUAUCAGCACAAUGUCUGCACCCUUGUCGACAAAGGGACUCGACUCCGAGGUUCUUGUUCUCUUAUAUCCCUUACAUCAAGCAUUGAUUGCUACUCUUGACUUUCUCCUCGCCACAAGUCUACUUCCUGCAGAGCUUCAUCUAUUGGGGUCUGGCUUGACAAAUCUCCUUUUAUUCGCCAAGUCGCCCCAAGCCCAGAUAUUAAAGGCACUCCUUUGGUUGGGCGGACUGAGUGUUUGGGUUCUCUGCCGUGCCGUUCUACGAUGGGAGGUUACAUUAGCCAGAAUCCCGACCUGGAAAUUUCGCAAACCGCCGAGCAGUUCCUUUUCACCAAAAAAGUUUAUCAACUUUAUAGAUCACAAGAUUUGUGAAAAGAUCAGUGCCAUAGGCACAAACAGCGAAAAAGAGUUGGACUCCGAUAGUGAUGAUGAUGCCGGCAGUCCUCGAAGACCGCAAGCGCGUCAGAGUAGCCUCCCUCGCCAGAAUGGAUUCUGGUCACAGCGCGACCUGAAGGAAGGAAUUCGGUUAGAUGACCUCUGGCCAUCUUCAUGGGCAGCCACCAAAAGUCUUCUGCAGUCACAUAAAAGACGACAUACCAUUUCGACUGUUGAUGACCUCGAAACUGUUAGAACAGGACGGGCACCUCCUCGGACCACACCCGGUGGAAGACGCAAACGCUCAAUGGCACCUGAUCUGGCCUCCUUUCUUUCCUUGACAGCUGCCCAAGCCCGCAUUCGACGGUGGCUGUUCGCAGGUUACAUAUUUACAGCUAUAGUCGCGGUAAUCCUUGUUCCGAUCCGAUUAUAUAUUUCCAACGAAGCCUUGCAUGGGAAAGAUCCUUUUGGUUGGUCUUUGGGGUACUUGUUUGGGAAUAUUUCUUCCUUUCGGCUGUGGACGUUGAAGUGGAAUCUCGAGUAUUGGAUUCAGCUUCCAAAACGUCAUGCGGCAAAUCAGUUCUGCCAUCGAGGCUGGGUUGAACACUUACGUCGCGAUACAUUCGGCGAAGCAACGACUCGUCUCCUGAUCAGCGGGCAUUGUCUAUUGGUGUUGAUUGUCGGAUUGGCCACAGUCCUUCAACUCAGCAAAGUUGCCGAGGUGGAUACUAGACGUAAAAUCUUCCACGGAAUGAUGGUGCUCAUGUUUUUGCCCGUGACGUAUAUCGACCCGGCGUACUCAGCACUAGCAUUGAUACUUGUCUUGGCUAUUUUCCUGCUACUCGAUCUACUUCGUGCAUCUCAAGUGCCACCGGUCGCCAAACCUUUGACAUACUUCCUAGCACCGUACACUGACGGUCGUGACCAUCGGGGCCCGGUCAUCGUCUCUCAUAUAUUCCUGCUCAUAGGCUGUGCUAUACCUCUCUGGCUAUCUCUCGCCGACUUACCUCACGUGAGCGUUGAUGACGACAUGGAUGGCCCUUGGUCAGGAUGGGAAGUUCCCACUCGAGACGUGGGCAUGGUCAGUGGAAUAGUCUGCGUGGGCAUGGGGGACGCUGCAGCAUCCCUUGUGGGUCGCCGGUACGGUCGUCUCAAAUGGUUUUGGGGUGGCGGCAAGUCCCUAGAGGGUAGUUUGGCAUUCACCAUCGCUGUCUUCGUCGGCUUGAUGGUUGCUCGUAUCUGGUUGGCGGUUGGCGGCUGGAUGGCUGUAUCUUCAUCGGCCUCUUUCAUCAGCAUGUCUUCUUGGGGCGUUGUUGCCGCGAAGUGCCUUCUUGCUGCUGGCGGUGCCAGUUUAACCGAGGCCGUAUUGACAGGUGGCAACGAUAAUGUCAUUGUCCCUGUGGUCCUCUGGAUGCUCGUUCGCGGAUUGGCUAUUUAG